AUCGAAUUGGCCAGCACAGUGCAAACUAUCCCUCAAGAAACCGGAUUCUUCAGCAUCAUUGGCGGUUUUCUCCUCGAUAUGUUCUUCGAACUGAGUUACUUGAUAUGGUGGUUCCUUAAAACGGCCAUCCCUGGAAUCCUUCUACUUCUUCUGCAUGUGGUAUUGGUGAUUAUCAGUGGGGUAUUGACACUUCUGAAACCUCUCACUGGAUAUGCAGGGCCAAUGAUCAAGACGAAGCGUCGACGGACGACAUAUCCAGUGUCCAAACCGCACAUGGAUUAAUUUUGGCCACCACCGGAGAGAAUGACGUAUUUUGAGCUGUCCAAUGGUUUUGGACACACGUGUCCCAUAUCGGGUGAUCACUUCACGCUUCAUUAUUGACUUUGCGCUUGCACAUCGGUCAUUCAUUUGCGGCUGGUAUCGGUCUCAACAGCGCGUUCUCCCGCAUGUAUUGCGAUCUGUAAUCUGCUUUUUUUCCCCUCCAUAUUAUAUGUAUAGAUCAUUAGACUUUGGCAUUCCCACAAUGUCGCAUGGCGGGACAGCAGUCAAUUCGUUGUGGUUGAGAUUCUUUGUUUUUAGGGUAUUCAUCGAUUCAAGGUUGCGUUUGGUACAUAUGUGAUGCUGUGUGUAGACUCCCGCCGUUUGGACGGGUCAGACUUCAGGGCGUCGUGGGGAUCGUGGAACCCAUCUGUCGUAGUGGCAUAACCUUGUUUCGUCAAAUUUUAGGUGGGGCAGAAGCUAGGCUUUCACCCAGCUGAAGCAUUGCUGCGGGCCUCAAAGGGGAUCGGUGUUCAAGUGUCA